GUUUCCGCAACAAAGGCGCUCAGACAACAAAAGGCGCUCGGCCGAGAUGCAGCACAACGUGUCCCUCCUCGAUGUGCUGGAGGCAACCCGCGCUCACCCGGCGCACCAGUACCUUGCCAAUGCAUCGCCCAAUUCGUGGCUGCUUGAUGCCAGUCCAAUGAGCGUUGCCUCUGCUGCUGGCGACGCAAUGCAGUGGAGCAGCAUUGCUCGCCUCUCAAGCAGCACCAGCGCCCAACAGCAGUGGCGGCUCGACGGAUCUGUCAUGGCCAUCGACGAGACUGACGAGGACGACGACGAGGAGGACGACGAUGAUGAUCAUGAUGGAGCUGGCCGUAACAAGACGACCACUGCUGCUGGCGCUGGGAGCACGCCGCAGUACUACUCGAGCUCAAGCAAGCCGCUCAAUGCAUCGCCAGCGCGGCUGAUGGGCAGUGCCAUGCGACCGCCGCUGUCCUCGUCCAAGGCCUUUUCCUCGGGACUCUCUUCAAGUCGAUCGGCAUACGACUACGCGACACACAAUUUCCCAUGGACGCAGGGCAAUCGUGCUCAGAGCGCUCUUGUUUCACAACCGCUUGCCUUCACGCCUGCUGCUGCUGCUCCUGCUCCUGCCACUGGGGGUGCACGUACCGCAAUAGCAACAGAUCAAGAGUAUGGCGCCGCUGUUUCGACUGCGCAAUGGAAUGCCCAGCCAUUGUCUCCCCGAAAUCCAGCGCGUUUGUCCUCGUCUUCACGCUUGCAUCCACGUCGAACAGAAGUCCGAGUCAGUCGCGAGGGAGUAACACCGUAUGCCCGCUCUAUGGCCAGUCCCGCAAGCAACCGUGACGAAAUCCAGAUUGUCUCGCAAACAUUACCAACGGCUCAAAACGUACCGGCUUCCAGCAUCCUGGAACAGGCGAAGGAGUGCUUGAGUCGUGCCACCAACGGAGUUCAAUUGCAAGCAAGCUCCACGACAAAGCGGACCCUAUCUAGUAUUCUCAGCAGCAUGGCGACGUCCUUGAAAGCGGAGCAACUGCUAGCUGCUGCUCACUUGCUCGUCGAAAAGGCGAAACGCCAACAUAGCGCCAUAUCACGGAAUGUGGAGCUGCCGGUCGACUCGUUCGUGCAAACCCGCAAGCUGGUGCAAAGGGAUCAAGCACUCGAGGCUCAGCUUCACGCCAAGAUGUACGGACCUGCAGUUGAGGUGGUUGAGGAUAUUUCAGGAGAUGCACUCCAAAAGGUGCGAGCUGCUUUCGGCCCUGGCCAUCCCACUGAAGUGCUAGUAUCUGCCGGCGCCAUUCAACUAACACGAAAAGACUUUUCCACAUUGACGGACCAAGCCUGGCUCAACGAUGAAAUUGUGAAUGCGUACAUGGAUUUGAUGAACAAGCGAAGUACCAAUGCGGCACAAGACAGCACAUCUCGCGUGCCAAAGGUGCACGCCUUCAGCUCGUUCUUUUAUCCCCAGUUGCUGGCCAAGGGCUACCCUGGCGUCCGUCGAUGGACGCGCAAUGUCGACUUGUUCAGCAAGGACUUUAUUGUGGUACCAGUGCAUCUAGAUGUGCACUGGUGUUUGGCCGUGUUCGACAUGAAGCGCCAGGUUCUUGAUUACUACGACUCGAUGGGCGGCAUCAAUUCGUCGGGCACCGCCGCGUUGGUUGCUUAUUUGCAUCAAGAGUCGCUUGACAAGCGUCAGCAGGCGCUUCCUGCCGAUGUUUGGGUUUCUACUCACCAGGAGAAUAUUCCCGAGCAGCGCAAUGGAUAUGACUGUGGCGUCUUUAUGUGCCAAUUCGCCGAGCGCGUCACGCGAAGUGCUGCGCUGGACUUUUCGCAGUCAGACAUGCAAUCCUUCCGCCGUCGGAUGGCCUUUGAGCUGCUCGAGAUGCGGCUUCUCAAGUAAUAACAACACCGACAAGUAUGAGUGGUUGUUAUUAUUAUUUUUUUUUUGUACUGGGACAAUGUGAUAAUAAACAGUGCGAUGGAUGGA